AACUGCAGGAGGCAGGCACUCCUUCCUCAUUCAGUCUUUCUUCGGGAGCUUGAGUGGAGGUUGAGGCGUGAAAGGCCUCCUUUGGAUAUUGUUUCUUUGUUCUCUGUAAAUGUGCAAAACUCCAUAAAACAAAAUGAGACGCACUCCUUUAAAAAAUAAAAUAACUGUUCAGAAUGAGCCCAGCUAUCUUCCCUACUUAAUGCUGGGCAGUAUUGGAGCUGAAGAAUUCAGAGCGGCAGAAUGUUUAAUAAAUUUAUCGAACAAUCAUACACAACGAAAUAAUGAUUACAUGAUUCAGCGUAUGAUACAAGAUUUAAAAGCUGUUCAACAAGAUCCAGUUCCGAACAUUUUAGAGAGCGAAGAAGAUAAUGUUUUACAACGGAGAACUGCCACGCCCUCCACACCGGUGAAAACAAAGAAUUAUAAAGUGAACGGUGCACCUCCACUCGUUAAAAAACUCCAUAAAUGUCCAUAUAUAGGAUGUGAUAAGUCUUAUGGAAAAAGUUCCCAUUUGAAAGCUCAUCUUCGGACGCAUACAGGAGAACGUCCUUUUCCCUGUAUCUGGCCACAGUGUGGCAAACGAUUUGCUCGUUCAGAUGAAUUAGCUCGUCACAACCGGACCCACACUGGUGAAAAGAACUUCGUCUGUCCUCUCUGUGGUAGACGCUUCAUGAGAAGUGACCACCUUAAUAAACAUGCCAAACGUCACCCUGAUUUCAGGCCUGGAAUCUUGAGGAAAAAGGCUGGAUCCCUUACAGAGAGCACGAGUCCAUCGGAGGCUUCAGAAAUGGGCUCUCAUCAACUAUCUUAAAUUUAUUCACAAUGGGCGUUUUACUUAGAUUUGUAUUUGGCAAGAUUUGAGAACUUGUUACUUCCUCAUAGCCAAAUGGGUGACUCUUAUUUCUGUCGCGAACUGUUAUAAUGGCUGUCAUUAUUAAUUUGGCGAGUUAUUGCUUGAAAAAAAUCAAGCUUGGUGAACAAUUUUCGACUAAACUUGUUCUCAAGUUUCAAUUUAUUUUAAGAUAUAUAAAAUUUAUCAUUGUUUAAAGCAGAUAUUAUUGCAGCAUCUUAAUUGAAUUAAUGCUCUUGCUGUUUUGUUUUUAUUUUGUUGAUAACAAUAUAUAUAAAAAGUGUCUGGAUUGUAAAGUAUCCAAAAGUAGUUAUUCAUACUGAUAAAAUAUUCCCAAUGAUUAAGAUUUCAAAGGCAUUAACCUUUUGGUCACAAGUUUUAUACUAAUUAUUAUGUGCUAACUACAAUUUUGCAGUUUUGGUGAAAUCACAAAAUGCACUUAUUAAAUUUUCAAAAUUGUGGCUCUUAAGAUUUCUACAUCUCUUAGAAAAUAUUUAUUGUACAUCUCAUCAAAAUUUUUAUUUUCUUGCUUUUCACUUUUUAAGAAAUGCUGUAUAAUAGGCACAAAUGUACUAUUUGGAUCAUCUUUCAUAUAAACAAUUAUCUGUGAAUGAUAUAGAAAUGCAUAAAAUGUGUACUCUUAGCAAGUUUUAAUGGCUUUUAAUGACACUAUCUUUCAUAACUAAUUCAAAAACAAUUUUAUUGCAAAACCCAGAUUUUUAACUAUUUUAUCUGCCAGUUUCUUUUUAAUUAAUUUUUGAAAAUGCUAAUGCAAUUAAAUAUAAUAAAAUAAAAAAGAUAUGUAAAAAUCACAGAAAAAAAUGCAUAUAAAUAUUAUUUAUGUAGUUAUUAAUAAAAUUAUGUUUAAAUGGAAUGUUACGAUGAAAAAGUAUUAAUUCCUUUAUUAUCUUAAUAUUUUUUUUCAGUUUUUAUGAAAAAAUUUUCAAUAAUUUGGAUGGGAAAUUAAGGAUUUUUUCAACUUUAUAUGAAUAUUUAAUUAAAAUGUACAUGUAUUUCAUUUGUAUUUAUUAUACAUAAUGAUAUCCCCCCCCCUUUUUAAGUGCUUGGACCUUUUUUACACCCAUAUGUUAUCUUUAAUAUAUUUAAAGGGAAAAUAAACUCAUUUUACGUUGCUCUGUGAAUAUAACUGAAUGCCUUUUCUCAGUUAAUUACUGAAUAAUGUUCAUAAUUAGUUAUUUCUACUCAAAAAUGUAUUAGUGCAACAUUUUCUUUUUGUUCUUAUAGAUUCUGUCUGUUUAAUUAAAUAAGUAAUUUGUGUUUCAACUUCUUGUCAGUAUUCUUGAAAGGAUGAUCUACUUUAGCUGAAUUAUUAACUUUGAAUGAGAUUUCAUAAAAGGAGCUAGAAAAACACAUAUUUUACACAAAUCAGAUGUAAUUUGAAGACAAUGAUAAAAAAUGAAUCAUUAUACUUUUUAAGUAAAAUAUUUGAAUUCUUUUACUAAAUAUAUUUUAAUGUGAAAAGGAAUUUUUAAUUUUUUAAUCCUCAUUUCGAACUUAUUUUCCAAAUGUAAUAUGCUAAAUGACGUUAAUAAACUUUCUGAGAAUGCACAUAUGACUUUAUGCACAUUACAAUUAAAGAAUACUGAUGUAUUUAAUUUUAUAAAAUCAUUUUCUAAUAUAAUUAAAAAAUUAGCUAUAAAGAGCUGCAUAUUCUUUUAUAUUAUUAAACUUUUAUAUUUUUUGUCAAAUUUGAAUUUUGUUUAAGCAGAAACAAUAAAUGUUGUAAAAGAAAAUAUAUUCAUCUCCACUGAUCAUUUUCGUUCUUUUUUUUUUUUUUUUUCCCCACUAUUGAAGUUAGUUGAUUGUUUUCUGUUGACUAAGUGCUUAUAGAUUCAGAAGAAAGAUAGUAAAAUUGAUAUUUUUGUUAAGAGUGAAAAUUUAAGUAGUUGAAUAGGGACCAUUUCAGUUUUAAGAAACUUAAAUAUUUCAUAUAAAAUUAUGCAACACCUGUUGUGCAUAUUUGAAAAAUAGUUACCACAUUGAGAUUUACUAGCACAAUUGCAUGUUAUAUUCCAAAGUAUUCUUCUAAACUUCUCAUUUAGACAUUUGUGGCAAGAAUAAUUUUAUCAGUGAAGAUCAUAUUUUUAUUUCAUUCUUUUAAGCUUUAUAAUUAUUGAUCAUUCUGCAGCAAUUUAAAAUCAUGCCGACCUUGUUUAUGUAUUGAUUAGAAAUUUAUUUCCUAUUUUAUUUAUUGUGUAAUGAGAUAAUAUUUAUUAUAAACUCGAGCAUUUUUUUUUUUUUUUAAGAUGGUCUGCAUUUGAUUUAAUGACACAUUUUUGUUUUCAGUGGAUCCAUUAUAUAAUUGAUCUUACUUUUUUUUAUAUUGGUACCUUUGUAACUUAUUAAAAAAAAAAUUAGUGUUUGCAUUAUGUUUGAAAGCUGUUUCAACAAUUUACUUGAAUAACAGCAUUGUUUUAAAGCUUUUCAAAUAUACCAUAUUACAUAUAUUUAACAUUGCCAUAACUUUUUAAGUACUUAAAUGACACUCUUUAUGAUAGAAGGGUUUUUAUGAUAUGCUUAUAUAUUAUUGAGCAAUUAUCUAUUUAUUUAGGCUUAAAUUUUAGUAUGUCAGUAUAUAUAUAUAUAUGUAUAACUCUGAAGGAUAUUUGUUCAGUUGAAAUAUAGCACAAUUAUAACUAUAAUACUGUAUUGCAUUGAAACUGCUGGUCAGUUUGUUGAGCAAUGCAUCAACAGUAUACCUGGAAGAAAUUUUCCAGGAAAGGAAAUUGUUAUCCCCUUGUAUUAGUAUUCUCCCCCCCCCCCUCCCCUGACACCAAAUCAUUUGCCAUUGUCUUCCUUUAGCUGCACACCUGUUACAGUGCAGCUUAGUUUGCAAUUUUCUGUCCUGAUAAAAUUUCAUAAUUGUUCAAAAUACAAAGUGUUGGGAUUCGCUUCUGCAAAUUUUUUUUUUCUUGUUAAAUAAACGGCCAUAAUGAAAUUGAAUUCUUUGUUUUUAUAUAAUUCAGUUUUAAAGAUCGAGCCUGUAAAAAAAGGAAUCGGAGAUUAUUUUUGUAGAAUGCAAUUCAGAAUUAUAAUUACUUGCUGUCCAAAUUUACACUUAUCAGAUUUAUUAAUAUGAGUAAUAUAUAAUUCCUCCCUAUCAAUAAUCCCUACUUCCUUAAUUGGAUUGUAAUUUUUGAAUUUAUUUUCUUCAAUUUUUAUAUAAAUUAAUUUGAUAUUUUUUGUGGAGAAAUUACAUUAAACAGAAAUAGUGUUAUAACAUUAGAAACAAAUCGGUGAAAAAACAAAACCAGAUUAUGGAAACUAGUUAAUUAAGCAAAAGAGAUUUUGGUAAUGCUCCUUAACAAGGACCAGAAGUUUAAAUAAUUAUUUUAAAAAUGCUUAUAAAAAUUACGGAUAUCUUGAAAUUGACUCCUAAAAUUUUAAUUUGAAACUAUUAUACUAUUUUUUUAAGCAAAUAAAAUCUUCAGCUUUGAUUUUUUGCUAUUGAGCUCUGAAUGUAAAAGUUGCAAUAGCUACCAGCAGCAACAGACAAAUUAAUUUUUGUUGCAUAUCUUGGAUGAAUUUAAUUCUUUCUUAAAAAAUUUGUUGCUGAGAUUAUUUUUGCUAAAAGAUGUUCCAGAUGGAAAAAAAAUCCUCCCCCCCCUCUCCUUUGUAUAUUUUAAAAAUUAUAUAGUGACUGUCCAGUUUCAAAGUUUAUUGGUCAUAAAUUCUGUAUUGACAGUUGUUUACUGAAAAAUUUCAACAUAUAUUAAGAUAGAGUGAAAUUUUUUAUAGUUAUAACGAAUAAUAAUUCAAGGGAAAUUAUAAGAAAAAAAUGCAAAUUAUUUUUCUUGUUUUAAUGUUUAGCCUACAAUGGUAUGGAAUAAAAAUACUUAGGAAUAUGGGCUUGUUUUAUGCAGAACUUUCAACUUGUUAUAUAAAUCGAAUCCCAACACUUUUGGUAACCACAUGCAAUAAAUCUUUCUUGUACAGUUGUUACAUGCUUAUAAUAUUUAUUAUUUGAACACUCACAAGCAUUAUCAGUGUACAUAAGAAUCCUCCCCUUGCAGAUUUGCAAACAGAUGUAAAUAGAUUCUUUAUUUUGUAAAUUGUAUUUAUUAGAUGCAUUUCUGCUGUGUAAACUGUUACUGACAAUCAUAGGCUAAAAUUUGUGGGAUCUACCAUUCAUAGCUAACGUUGACUAGUGUGAACAGAAUAGGUUCUAUUUUGCACUGGACCUUUAUGGAGUUAUUAGUACGCAACUUUCCUGCCUUCUUGUUUACAUCCAUAUUUUGUAUGUAUGUAUUUAUUCAUAUUUAUGUAUAUAAAUAUUUUGUAAACCUUACGAACGGAUGCUACAUCCUUCUGCAGAGUACAAAGAUUGUAUUGGAAACAGCUUAUUCCCGCGGUUAUAUAUUUUUAUGAAUCUAGAACAUUUUAAGAAUACAAGAUUAUGUAAUUUGCUUAUGCAACAUGUAUUCUUUUAACUUGAAUAAAAUGCCUUGGCAUACAAAAACUGAA